AUGAGUUCCUAUUUCGUGAACUCCACCUUCCCCGUCACUCUGGCCAGCGGGCAGGAGUCCUUCCUGGGCCAGCUGCCGCUCUACUCGUCGGGCUAUGCGGACCCGCUGAGGCACUACCCCGCGCCCUACGGGCCCGGACCGGGCCAGGACAAGGGCUUCGCCGCUUCCUCCUAUUACCCGCCGGCGGGCGGCGGCUACGGCCGAGCGGCGCCCUGCGACUACGGGCCGGCGCCGGCCUUCUACCGCGAGAAGGAGUCGGCCUGCGCGCUGGCGGGCGCCGACGAGCCGCCCCCGUUCCACCCCGAGCCGCGCAAGUCCGACUGCGCGCAGGACAAGAGCGUGUUCGGCGAGACCGAGGAGCAGAAGUGCUCCACCCCGGUCUACCCUUGGAUGCAGCGGAUGAACUCCUGCAACAGUUCCUCGUUUGGGCCCAGCGGCCGCCGGGGCCGCCAGACCUACACGCGCUACCAGACGCUGGAGCUGGAGAAGGAGUUCCACUACAACCGCUACCUGACGCGGCGGCGGCGCAUCGAGAUCGCGCACGCCCUGUGCCUGACCGAGCGGCAGAUCAAGAUCUGGUUCCAGAACCGGCGCAUGAAGUGGAAAAAGGAGAGCAAACUGCUCAGCGCGUCUCAGCUCAGCGCGGAGGAGGAAGAAGAAAAACCCGCCGAGUGA